AUGGCGUCGAUCCUGUGUCUCAACCCGAAAGCAGAGCUGGCGCGUCAUGCGGCGGCGUUGGAGCUGAACGUGAGCGGUGCGAAGGGCCUCAUGGAAGUGAUGCGCACCAACCUCGGCCCAAAAGGAACUAUGAAAAUGUACGUUCACGCGCUUCUCGACUUGUCGCAGCCUGCCCAAAUUACGACGGCAGUCUUAUGUACCGCUUCUGCCACCUGUACUUCUGCUGGUGUUGUGUUGUUCGUUCACAAUGUAGGCGACUGCCAGGUGUAUGGUCAGCAUGGAAAUAACUAG